UUAUUGAAAUUUUUAUCAGUGAAAAAAAAUUUAUUACUGAUUUAUUACUGAUUUAGUAUUACUGAAACGAUUAAAAUUUUGUCAUAAUGAGUUCUGCAGCAGUACAAUAUGGUAUUGGAGCUUUUUUUGUUACUUUGUUGGGGAUAUGUUUUUACUAUGUAUUUAGAAAAUCGUUAUUGAAAUCUGCUAACAAAGAAGAAAUUGUGACUGAUGGAACAAUGAUAGAAGCAUCACCAACAACAACGACAGAAGUUAAUGCAGAUAAACCAGGAGUGAUGAUAGUUAAACCGAUGACGGAUACAUCACCAGCAAUAGCAAAACCAAUGAUGGCAGAUAGGAUGGCGAAACUAUCUCAAGUAGUAACAGCAGCAUCAGCAAAAAUGUUGCCAGAUUCUACCACUAUUGCUUAUAAAGUAUAAAAUUAUUUGAUAAUUUCAAUAAAACUUAUUGCUGAUAAA